AUGUCUGCUAUCAACAUGGAGAAGGCCUCUGACGCCACCGUUAAUGACGUUACAAACGCUCUGAGCAAUACUUCAAUCACCCAGCCUGCCGACAAGGCCGCCGCUAACGAGGCCGCCUCGGCCAGUGCUGCGGAAGGCCGCCGCCUCUACAUUGGCAACUUGGCCUACGCGACAACUGAGGGGGAGUUGAAGGACUUCUUCAAGAGCUAUCUUGUUGAGUCUGUUUCGAUCCCAAAGAACCCUCGAACCGACCGUCCGGUUGGCUAUGCCUUCGUUGACCUUUCAACUCCCUCCGAGGCCGAGCGAGCUAUUGCCGAGCUUUCUGGGAAAGAGAUCCUUGAGCGCAAGGUCUCUGUCCAGCUUGCCCGCAAGCCUGAGCCUGCUGGUGAGAAGACCGAGGGUACCAAUGGUGAGGGAUCCGGUGCUGAGGGUACUCGCCGCCGCCCUUCUGGCCGCGGUCGUGGCCGUGGCCGCGGCCGUGGAGGACGUACUGCUCGAGGUGGUCGUACUGGCGAGACCGGUGAGAACAAAAAGGAAGGCGAUGUUUCUACUGCCGCUACCGAUGCAGCGGCUGCCCCUGUCGAGGCUGAGGGCACCAAUGAGGUUCAACCAUUGAAGGACAUCACAAAUGAAAACCAGAACAAGACUGACUCGACUGCAAAGACGAAGAACCAGGCUCGUCCCCAGCGCGAGCGUCGCGAGCGGGGUCCUCCCGCCGAUGGCAUACCCUCCAAGACCAAGGUCAUGGUUGCCAAUCUCCCUUACGACUUGACUGAGGAGAAGCUCAUUGAGCUCUUCAAGGCAUACGAGCCUUCCUCCGCCAAGAUUGCCCUCCGACCCAUUCCUCGAUUCAUGAUCAAAAAGCUCCAGGCUCGUGGUGAGGCUCGCAAGGGUCGUGGUUUUGGCUUUGUUACCCUUGCCUCAGAGGAGUUGCAGCAAAAGGCUGUCACCGAGAUGAACGGCAAGGAGAUUGAGGGCCGCGAGAUCGCUGUCAAGGUCGCCAUUGACAGUCCCGAUAAGACUGACGAGGAGGCCAACGCUCCUCAGGAGGAGAACAAGGAGGCCGAAGCUGCCACUGCCGCCAUCAGCGCCUAA